AUGCUGUCCCUCGGCCUGCUAUCUACUAUCGCUUUCCUCCUCCUUUCACCAUACGCAGCUGCUGUCUCUGAUAAACCACUCAAGCCAUGCACUGUUGUCUCCCCAACUUCAGAUCGCUUCUUUGAUCUGAAUCCUUUGCGACGGCUCCCACAGGCCGAGAGCGAUAAGAAGAACAGGAAGGAGGGCGAUGAGGGCAGUUGGCGUGCACGCGGCUACGACUAUGGCGCCAACUUCACCAUCAACUUCUGCGGUCCCGUGUUGGAAGAGCUAGACGCAGUGCAAGAUCUGGACAAAGGGCUGUGGAGGAAUGUGAGUGCUUUUUAUGAAAAGGACGAUAAGCAGUAUGCUAUUGGCCUCGAAAACUCAACUCCAAUAUUCCGCGGCCGCAAACUAAUCCUCAACUACACCGGCGGCUCUCUCUGCCCAUCCUCCAGUUCUCAGUCCGCACGCUCACAACCCCUGUCUCUCUACCCUCGCGCAAUCAUUGACGACGAUGACGACAAGGACGCCGACGAGAGGCCCUCGAAGAAGAAACCCUCAGAAGACAGAUCAGAGCGUCGCAAAACAACCAUCAUCUCCCUACUUUGCGACUCCGACCCUCUCGCCAAAACGAGUAUCUCCUUUGUCGCGGCCGUAGACUCCUGCACGUACUUCUUUGAAGGCCGCUCGCCGCACGCAUGUGGUGGAGUACACCAAGAAACACAGACACUGGGUCCAGGUGGUGUCUUCAGCGUCAUCGCCCUCAUCGCCGUACUUGUCUAUUUCGCCGGAGGCUGUGUUUACCAGCGUACAGUCAUGCACCAGCGAGGAUGGAGACAACUGCCAAAUUACAGCAUGUGGGCGGGAAUAGGGAGUUUUUUUGCGGAUCUUUUCAUCAUUCUCACUUCCUCGCUCGCUCGGCUCAUGCCUUCGAGGCGGGGUUACAGCCGUGUUAGUCUGGGACAGGACAGCGGACGAGGGGGCAGAGGGGGGAGGAACGAGGAUGAGAAUCGGCUGAUUGAUAACCUGGAUGAGGAGUGGGAUGAUUAG